AUGUCGACCUCACACCUAGGUCCCGAGCAGAGCAGUGCUCUGUUCGACCUCUUGACCCACUACGCAACCUACGACGACAUCUGCCAAUUCAAAUCGCCAUCCGCCAUCCAAAAAUACGGCCCUCCAUUCCAAGAUACGAAAACCACGUCCUCUCCCAUCCUGCAAUCGCUGCUCCAAAAAUUCAUCCUCCCGCUCCCUGGACUCCGCGAUGUCUCGCCCGACUUCUGGAAGGUACAAGUCGAAAGCAUAAUAGAAGAGUUGGCAGCUGCAAAUCUGAGUGAGAGUUACGACAAAGGUCUCUUGGGCAUCAGAAAGACAUUGGCCACUGCCAUCUCGGCCUUGAUAGAAUAUCCGGCCAGAGGAUGUUAUGGUGGCAUCAAGAAGGAUGAGGCGGCCCUCAAGGAACAACACUUCGAUCCAACUAAGCCUGAUGAUGUACUACGUGCCUGGUACGUCUUCAUGCAGCAGCUGGUUUAUGGUGAUCUGUUCGACAAGCUGUUCGCCAAAGCUGCAGAGACGGACGACCUGCGCAAGCACGACAGUCUGGUACAAGCUGCUCAUGAGUUUGUCGUUGUAAAUCUUGCGUCCUUCAUGCAUUAUACACUUGUCAUCAGUCCCGAAGGCCCGUCAUUACUUCGCAUGGUGGAGAAUGUACAUAAGCUUGCGCCGUACACCCUCAUGAGACAGACACUAAAGGUCGGAAAUGUCGCCACUAUGAUUAAUGGAAUGGUGCGGGUGUUCCUCGCAAAAGUGUCUGUCGGCAGCCUUACAAACUGGGUCGGUCUCAGCAGUGGAGCCGACGAGGGUAUGAACUUGAUGCAACAGAUAAUCUCUACAACUCUUGGCUGGGACAAGAAGGAGCUUAAGAAGAGACUGGAGAAGAUCGAGAAAGACAAAGAUGCACCUUCCAAGGAACAACGCGAAGCACUGAAAGCCUGGAUGGAUCAAAGUCGAGCAGAGCAAGAAGAAUGCCGCAGACGAAGCCAGGAGCAGUCUAUGUCGAUUGUAUCGACCAUUCUAUCUUUGUCGUCAGCGAGUCCGGAUCUCAACGAGAAGCAGCACAAACUGGCUCUUGAGUUCCUGUCCCUGAGCUUAGCUGUCCGUGACAGGAACAAGAUCAUCGACGUUCUCUGCCACAACAGCCCCGAUCACCUUACGCAAGCGGUACGCGAGGGUGUUUCUGCUUACGAGCCCAUGAUCAGACAGGUUCACCAAGCUGUCGAUCUCAGUGCCACUGUUGGGGACUUCCAGGCCUUCAUGGAUGAUAUGAUCAAAGUCGGCAAGCCCAAGAAGGAUGGCAAAGCUCCCAGCGUCGAAGACUUCGUUCAACUCUUGCACAGCCACAUGGGCGCCUCGCAUCGCUUCAUACACCAAGUAGCCAAGAACGGCAAGGAAGUGACACAGUGGUUCAAGGACUAUGUCCACCAGGUAACCGCCAACUUCAAGCAACAACACGCCUCACCAUCAAUCUACGAGUCCCUCUCCACCGCAUUCGACAAACUCAAGCCCGAAGAGCAAGAGAAAGUCCGCAAAGAAGUCGAUGCAUCAGCAAAAUACGUGGAUGCACUGUACGCGUCAUCCGCAGCUAGAAUCAGCGACGUGAUCAGCAACAAAGCCUCCACACCAUACGGACCCGGAGCCUAUCUGGCUAGAUGGCAGGAAUUGCUCGACUCCACUUUGGUGACCCCUGAGACAGCUCAAGGACCUGUCCGCACGGGUGCCAGUGCCAGUGUCAAGCAAGAGGCCAGAAAGGAUGUCGAUGGUGAGACCAAAGGAUCUGCCGUUGAGCAAAAGCAGGCGGACAAGAUUGUUGGUGACAAAACUCCAGAGGCGCCGUCAGCGGAGACGACGAUCAAGCUGUUGGGACCGAAGUUCAGGGAGCUUCUGAUGGCUAUGAAGUAG